ACAGUCGUAAAAGGUUUCUUAUUAAUUAAAUAUCGAUCAGAAACUUCGAUAUCGCGAGAACGUGAGCGUAUCGAAAAUUCACCGAAAGAAAGCACACGUGCAGGACGUGAAUGUGUGUCAGUGUGCGUAGCCGCAGACGGAAAGUUGUAGAUAUCAGAAGUCGUAGUUUCAAGUAUAAAAGGAUAAGGUAAAAUUGACAUAAACUGGAAUGUCUCGGACCUCGAAAGCUUUUCUAGGAACUAGUUGUUUAGUCACAAUUAGUAUAAUCGGAUACGUGCAUUGGAAGCAAAAUUACGACAGGGAACAAUUGCACAUCGGAGUUAUACGUGACAUUGAGAGGCAACAACGUCGAAAAGCCGAAAAUUUGUUCCGUUUGGGGCAGCAGAUAGAUAUAACAAAGGAAUAUCAAAGAAACAAUCCGAAUGUUAUAAAAGAAUUAGGAAAAACAUAGAAUAAGCAAAUUCAAAUUCUUAUCCUUUCGAUAUUUUAUGCGGACAAACAUAAGUUAGAACUGCUUCGUUAUGAAGACGUAGUAUAACUAAUAAAAAAAAAAAUAACA